AUGAGAUGCAAACCCAAGAAUCAAAGGCUUGAGCUGGACAUUCACAGAGCGGAUGAGUUAAAUCUCCCCUUGCAAUGUGCAGCUCUCCCUCUGGAGUAUAUAGUCUGCAAGCCCCCACCACCACCUCUCAAAAGCACCUCCCACCUCCUUCUCUUCAGGUCUGCUCCUCUUCUCAGUAUCCUGUCCUCCCUUCUGACUGACGCGCAACAAGAGGCCCGCUCCUACCUGAGCGAGGACAUGUUGGCUGAGUUCAAGGCCGCCUUUGACAUGUUCGACACCGAUGGUGGCGGUGAUAUCAGCACCAAGGAGUUGGGUACCGUGAUGAGGAUGCUGGGCCAGAACCCGACAAGAGAGGAGCUGGAUGAGAUCAUCGAGGAGGUCGAUGAGGACGGUAGCGGCACCAUCGACUUCGAGGAGUUCUUGGUCAUGAUGGUGAGACUGAUGAAGGAGGACCAGGCCGGAAAGAGCGAGGAAGAGUUGGCAGACUGCUUCCGUGUGUUUGACAAGAACGGCGACGGUUACAUCGACAGAGAAGAGUUUGCCCUUAUCAUCCGCAGCACCGGCGAGGCCAUCUCAGAGGAGGAGAUCGAUGAGCUGCUGAAGGAUGGAGACAAGAACAACGACGGCAUGCUGGACUUUGACGAAUUCCUCAAGAUGAUGGAGAAUGUGCAGUAG